AUGGACGUCGCGCGCGCGCGCGGAGAGGCGAUGGGUGCGACGCGAGGGAGAGAAUUGAUGACGGUUGGGAAUUCAUCGGAUCCGGCAUCGGUGUCGUCGCGCGCGCGCGCGAGGACGUCAGAGACGUCGAUCGAUCGCGCGCGGCGGUCGUUCACGGCGCAGAGGGAGGCGGCGACGGCGUCGCGGUGGAACGAGCUCGCGGAUCAAGGGGUGGAUGUCAAUCCGUGCAACUCGCCGAAACAUCCGGCGGCGCUCGCGGGGGUGGCGAUCGACGCCUCGAAGCCGCGACGGAGCUUACAGGAGGCGUACGAUCCGUUGUGCGUAGAUUUUGUCAGUGGACACGCGCACGUCGGUGAGGGAGGGAUCGGGCUCAAGACGUUUAGAUGCGAGCAAGAGGAAAACGUGUGCGAGAGCAAGAUGGCUUUUCCGGCGCAAUACGAGGAGAUCCCGGGCAUCGUGGCGCCGGCCAUGUUCGGCGUCGCCGCGAGCGCGCAUGGAAAUUGGGCGGCGUCGAUCGCGCUGAUGGAUCGCGCCAUCUUACCGCGACCGCCGCUGGUGACUCUGAAGUCGUUACGGUGCGACGUCUUGGACGUGUGCGCUCCCGGAGAGCCGCUCACUCUACGCUCGAGCGUGCUCCAAAUCACCGACCAACGGGAGCCGUUCCGAGUCAUCGUCGCCGUGGAGACGCGAUCAAACGAUACCGGCAAGGUCCUAUCGCGCGCCGAGUGCGCGUAUGAAAAGAUCGGCGCCGUGCGUUCGAUGCGCUAA